CGCCUUCUUUCUGUUUAGGUUCUGCUUCCCAGCGCCUCCCUCCCUUCCUUCUUUUCAACACUGCUACUAAUUCCUCUCACUUAAACGUCGUCGUUUCACUUUCACUCCCACCUCCUUCGUAACUCUUCCACUCUUGGUCUCUCUCUUCACUUAACGCAACGACAAAAGGCAAGCCAUGGUUCUCUCGAUCGAGGGUGCUUCGAAUUCUGUUGAUGAGGUUGUGUUCAGUUUCUACACGGAUGAAGAGGUGAAGAAGAACAGCCGCGUCAAGAUUACAAACGCUAACUUGCUUGAUACUAUCGGUGUCCCCGCUCCUGGUGGUUUAUAUGAUCCAGCUUUGGGUCCAUCCGAAGAGAAAUUGCCUUGUAAAACAUGUGGUCAAUUGUAUCACCUUUGUCCAGGUCAUUUUGGUCGUAUAGAGCUUGUUUCCCCUGUCUACAACCCCUUGAUGAUCAGUCUUCUUAGAAAUAUUCUACAAAGAACUUGUUUCACUUGCUGUCAUUUUAGGGCUAAUAAAGAACUGGUGGAAAAAUGUAGUUCCCAGUUGGAGCUUAUUAUGAAAGGGGAUAUCAUUGGGGCAAAAAGAUUGGAUUCAAUUAAUAAAGAUGAAUCCAUGUAUCAAAGUGAUGAUGAUGAUAAAAGCCAGUCUUGUAGCUCUGAACAGCAGGGAGAAAGUUGGACCUCGCUGCAGUUCGAAGAGGCAAUUUCUAUUGUACAGAAGUUUUUGAAGAAGUCUUCUAAAAAAUGUCAACAGUGUGGUUCCAAUAAUCCUAAAAUUAGCCAACCAACCUUUGGAUGGUUCCGUACGGAUGGUCUGUCAGCUGCUGAUGCUAGAGCAAAUGUCAUAAAUUCUGAUGAUACAAUCUUGGCAAGUGAGACUAUAACCGAUGACAGGGAUACAACAUAUGAAGAAGAUAUCAACUCUGCUGGGACCAAGAAAAGUGAUGCAAAAAGGCACAAGUUGUCUUGCAAGCUUGCUGAGCAAAAUCGACUUUCUGGUGCUUUGUUACCAUCGCAAGUUAAAAUGACGUUAGAACUUUUGUGGAAAAAUGAGGCUCGACUCUGUUCCUAUAUUAAUGAUAUUCAAGGUCAGGGAUAUGGAAAGAAAGCAGGGCACUCAAUGUUCUUUCUUGAGAAUAUUUUUGUUCCACCAAUCAAAUUCCGCCCUCCCACUAAAGGAGGUGAUAUGGUAUCGGAGCAUGCUCAUACUGUUUUGUUGAGUAAGAUUCUGCAGUCUAACAUAAGAUUAGGGGAUGCCCAUCUAAACAAGAAGGAUCCCUCGAUGGUUUUAGCCAGGUGGAUGGAACUUCAGCAAUCUGUAAAUGUGCUCUUUAACAGUAGCACUUCUGGCCAAAGAGAUGCAAGUAAUGGAAUUAUUCAGUUGUUGGAGAAGAAGGAAGGCCUCUUCCGCCAGAAAAUGAUGGGAAAGAGGGUUAAUUUUGCAUGCCGCUCUGUCAUAUCACCGGAUCCUUAUUUAGCAGUGAAUGAAAUUGGGAUUCCCCCAUAUUUUGCUCUAAGGUUAACAUAUCCUGAGAGAGUUACUCCUUGGAAUGUAAUGAAGUUAAGGAAUGCUAUUCUUAAUGGUCCAGAAAUCCAUCCAGGUGCCACACAUUAUGGCGAUAAAUCAUCAAUAGUAAAGCUUCCACCAAAAGGGAAGUUGCUUGCUUUGACAUCAAGGAAAUUACCAUCAUCAAGAGGGGUUAUCAUGCAUAAUGGAAAGAUAUGCGAUCAAGAAUUUGAAGGAAAAAUUGUGUAUCGCCACUUGAAGGAUGGUGAUGUUGUGCUUGUCAACAGACAGCCUACACUUCAUAAACCUAGUAUAAUGGCGCAUAUAGUUCGUGUUCUGAAGGGGGAGAAAACAGUGCGUAUGCACUAUGCGAACUGUAGUACUUACAAUGCUGAUUUUGACGGUGACGAGAUUAAUGUGCAUUUUCCACAAGAUGAAAUUUCCCGUGCUGAAGCUUACAAUAUUGUAAAUGCCAACAACCAAUAUGUGAAGCCUACCAGUGGUGAUCCAAUAAGAGCCUUGAUUCAGGAUCAUAUUGUAAGUGCUGCCCUUCUAACAAAAAAGGAUACAUUUUUAAGCUGUGAAGCAUUCAAUCAACUUCUCUACAGUUCUGGUGUAUCCAUGCCUAUGGUGGGAUCUUUCUAUGCAAAACCUGGGCAGAAAGUUUUCACAUCAACUUCCGAGAGUGAAAUGUUUUUGUUUCCUCCAGCCAUAUGGAAGCCAGAGCCCCUUUGGACAGGAAAGCAGGUCAUUAGUGCAUUGUUAUACUAUGUCACUAGAGGUUCCCCACCAUUUACAGUUGAGAAGAAUGCGAAAAUACCAGCUAAUUUUUUCAAGACUCGAAACGGAAACACUAAAGGACGAACCACUGAGAAGUCAAGUAAGAUGAAGGUCGAGCCUGAUGAGGAUAAAUUGUUGAUAUAUAGAAAUGAUUUGGUGUGCGGCGUGGUUGAUAAGGCUCAAUUUGGUGACUAUGGUAUAGUACAUACAGUACAAGAACUUUAUGGCUCAAACAUUGCGGGAAACCUUCUUUCAGCGUUUAGUCGUUUAUUCACAAACUUCUUGCAGAUGCACGGGUUCACAUGUGGAGUUGAUGAUCUACUGAUAACAGAAAGAAAGGAUGGUGAAAGAAUGAAUCAACUCAAAAGCUGCGAGGAAAUUGGUGACAUUGUUCAUCGGGAAUUUGUCGGAGUCAUGGAAGGUGAUAAUAUAGACCCAACCACACUGCAGUUGAAUAUUGAGAAAAAAAUACGCAGUAAUGGAGAUGCAGCUGGUUCAGUUAUUCAAUUUCGUUAUGGAGAAGAUGGCGUAGAUGUCCAUCAAACAAGCUUUAUUACCAAAUUUGAAGCCUUGUCGACUAAUAAUGAACUGGUUUACAGCAACUGUUGCCGUGAGCUUGACAGAUCCAGUCCUUAUAUUAGCAAGUUGCCUGAUGCUCUUGAAGGAAAAGCUGAAAACUUCAUUUGUAAUUUUUCUUCAAAGAAGAGAAAUCGUAGUUCAUUGAAACGAUCAGAUUUCUUGAAGUUGAUGGAGCACAAGUAUGUGUCAAGCCUUGCGCAACCAGGAGAGGCAGUUGGUGUUUUAGCCUCUCAAUCUGUCGGGGAACCAGCAACACAAAUGACCUUGAAUACUUUUCAUCUUGCUGGUCGAGGGGAAAUGAAUGUGACUCUUGGAAUUCCGCGUCUGCAAGAGAUCGUGAUGAAUGCCUCAGAAAAUAUACUGACUCCAUUUAUGACAUGCCCCUUGAGACCUGGCAAAUCAAUGGAAGAUGCGAUUUGUCUUUCCGAUAAGUUGAAGAGAAUAACUGUAGCUGACAUUAUUGAAAGUAUGGAAGUGUCUGUUGUACCAGUAGUUGUUUGUAAUGGUCAGAUUUACAGAGUAUAUAAACUUGUGAUGAAGCUAUAUAAACCUAAACACUAUCCGAAAUACACGGAUAUAACAGUUGAAGAUUGGGAGGACACACUAAGAGUUCUCUUUGUGAGGGAGUUGGAGGAUGCCAUUGAGAAUCAUGUGGCACUGCUUUCCAAAAUUGGUGGCAUUAAAGAUUUUAAGACAGAGAAAUCCACCACAAAUAGCUCAGAUGAUGUAGACGGCAAUGAAACAGAUACUGCAAAGAAAGGCCGGAGUAAUGAUGAUGACGAUGACGAUGGUGGGGCUGAUGACACAGAAGGGGAUGAGGAUCUUGGUUUUGAAGCACAGAAGAGAAAACAGCAAGUUACUGAUGAGGUUGAUUAUGAAGAUGAUCCUGAAGAUGAGACACGUGAUAAUGAGUUAUCAGAAGUAUCUGAUGGUGAUUAUGGUGGAAGUGAUAACGAGGAUGAUAAGAACAUCAAACUUGAUGCCCGUGGUUCUCAAGGACUUGAAGACCUGGCAGAGCCUGAUGGGGAUGUCUCACCUCCUGAAAAAAUUGAUCGGAAAUCUAAGCCCAAAUCUAGUGGUGAAAAAGAGAAGAAAAAAUCUGGACCAAUAAGAAAGAAAUAUGACAGAUCAAUUUUUGUGGAAGCAAAAGGGAUGCAUUUUGAGAUCCACUUCCAAUUUACUCACGAACCACAUAUUUUAUUGGCUCAGAUUGCUCAGAAAACAGCCAAUAAGGUUUGCAUCCAGAAGUAUGGAAAGGUUGGCCAAUGUAAGGCUGUUACAUGCAAAGAAAGUGGAGUAAUCUACUACGGCGAAGAUCACCGUACAAGGGAAGAUAUCCCUGCCGCCGAAUUGGAAAAAAUAGCAGCACUUCAAACUUCUGGUGUGAAUUUUCAAACAUUUUGGGACUUAGAAGAUCAUCUUGAUUUAAGGUACAUUUAUUCCAAUGAUGUUCAUGCUAUGUUAAAGACUUAUGGUGUGGAAGCAGGCAGAGAGACCAUCAUCAGGGAAGUUAAAAACGUCUUCAAGUCUUAUGGGAUAUCCGUAGACAUCCGGCACUUGAUGCUUAUCGCCGAUUUCAUGACUUUCGCUGGUAAGUAUCGUCCGAUGAGCAGAUCCGGGGGCAUAGCAUUCUCUACUUCCCCUUUCCUCAAGAUGUGCUUUGAGACGGCCUCCAAGUUCAUCGUCGAAGCAUCUUCUCAUGGCCUGGUUGACACCUUGGACACUCCGUCUUCUAGAAUUUGUCUUGGUUUGCCUGUGAAGAUGGGAACCGGUUGCCAUGACUUGUUACAGAAACUGGAAAUAUAAGAUCGUUGCUAUGUUACUCCUAGAUCUCUGGUUGAUUCAUGCCUAGAAAAUCUGGCAAAUUUUGACACCUUGUACAAUUCAUUGUUUACAAAUUUUUACAGGCACAUUUUUCUCUGGUUGAGUAGUAGUUUGUUUGGAGGCAGUAGUAUAAUGCUUUGAAAUGUCAUUCCCAUUUCCAUCAAUAACUAUGUAUAAUGCGAUUUUUUAUGUAUAAUAUCUACGUUUAACGAUAUAUUUUUAAAAUGUGGAUUUACUCAUGUUCUU